CGAUCACGCCUUCGGACACGCUCCUCUCCCCCGCUCCCUCCCUCCCUCCCCUCCGCUUCUUCGGCCACUCCCGUCUCCUCCACCGCCACUGCAUCUACCGUGUCGCAGACGCAGACGCGUACGUCUCCGUGCUCCACUCACCGCGCCCGCCUGCGACCGUCCGCGAGCUUUAUUAUAGCCAUCCAAGUCCAACACAGCGCAGAGAGUGCGCACGAUACCACUGCCAGACAGAGUGCGGAGCGCCACUGUCGUCCAGAACUCCAUACACCAAGCCAUGAAAGCGGACGCUCCGGCGACGCCGUGCAGGAAGCCGGCGCCCCUUCCGCCGCCGCCCGCGCUGCUCGCCGUGCGUGCGCGCUCGCGGUCGCGGGUGGCCGACCUGGGCUUCGGCGCGGCGUUCCCGGGCGGCCCGCCGGACACGCCGCCGCGCCGCUCGCCCGUCACCGUGCCGUUCCUCUGGGAGGAGGCGCCCGGGAAGCCCAAGGCGCCGCCGCCGCCCACCGCCGCGGCUCCGGCCGCCACCAACGCCGGCCCCGUUCCCGAAGGCGGCGGCGGCGGCGGCGACGACGAACAGCACGACGACCAGGCGCGCCCCGUCCCCGUGCCGCUGAAGCUGCCCCCGCGGCUGCAGCAGGUGGCGUCGUUCGCGGCGGCGGACACCCCGCUGCUUCCGUCCCCGAAGGCCGUGCUCCAGGGCCCCUACUACUACGGCUGCGCCGGCGACGGCAGCAGGAGGCCGCCGCCGAGGUGGUUCCGCAGCGGCGGCGCCUUCCGGAGGACGCCGAGCGCCGGCGUGGGACUCUUCUCUCGGACCUGGAGCAAGCCCGCGCCGGCUCCGGCGCCGGCAAGCGGCAAGAGCAGACACGGCGACGACCACGAGCGCGACGCGGCGGGGCCCGACGCCCCGUGGUGCUCGCCGGCGUCGUCCUCCUCCUCGUCGUCUGUGUCCACCUGCUUCGGCGGCGACGAGCACGGUCGCGGGAAGCCCUGCGCCGACGGGCGCGAGGUCUCCUCGGAGGAGGACGGCGGCUCGCCUCCGAGGGGGUCGGUGAGGAUCACGAGGCUUAGGAGGAACCGGAGCCUCCCCAGCGUCACCACGUCUAACCUCUGGGCAAGCAUCCGUAGGAGUUUCGAGCAGAUUACUCCGUGGAGCUACAAGUUCGGUCGGUCACGACCGCCAGGUGCCAACGCUACUGAAUAAAUGAAUAAAUUAUCGGAAGCACCAAAUCGCAAUGCAACCUGUGGUGCGUGGACGUGGAGGCUCUGCAACCCAUGUAGCGAAAAAAGUCUCUAAUGUAUGCUACCUUCGACUUUGGAGUAACCUACGCACGGGACCCCAUCCAUCGUACCACACGUUCUUUCUGUAUAAGAUUUUUGUUCAGUUCGCUCUCUAUCUAUAUAGAUUGAGUGAAUUU